UCUGUUGUGUUUCGACUAUAAAUAGCCUAAGCGCUUAGAACGAAAGCGGUCAUAAUGCCGCCGAAAAUCCUCUGGCCGGAAGUUCUGCUGCUCCUCUUCCUUAUGGUGUCAUCUAUUCGGGGAGAACUGGACGGUUCCAGAAGAUGUGGGCCCUACGAGUGUCGUCUGAGCAAUCCGAUCUGCCGUUGCGAGUCCUUCUGCCAGGAGUCCAGCCAGCGGUGCUGGAAAUCCCCUACGGGAUGUCAUUGUGCCAGAGGUUACGCUCGUGACGAACGCGGCCACUGCGUGCCCCUCAUUCUGUGCCCCUGAAUUUUUUAAGUGUAAUUUCGGUUUUAACUGUUUUCAUUCCAAUGUUCAUGGUAAAUGAAUUUUGGACAUUGAACCUUCAUUUUACUGGUAAUUAAACCUUAUUAAACUAUAAAAAAACACACAUUUCAUUGGAUCAAAGCAGUAACUUUAACCAAGACAAAAAGUUUA